ACCCCGCGUGCUGCCGGGAUCGCGUCUCUCUCCAUGAGGGGGGGAGGGGGUGGCGCGCGCGCCAUUUCUAGUCGUUUUCAAAGCGCCUCGCGCUGAUUCUCACGGGCCCGGCCGCCGGCCCCAGCUCUGCCCCGCAGCAUAAUAAAAUGGCUAAUCAGGUGAAUGGUAAUGCGGUACAGUUAAAAGAAGAGGAAGAACCAAUGGAUACUUCCAGUGUAACUCACACAGAACACUACAAGACACUGAUAGAGGCAGGCCUCCCACAGAAGGUGGCAGAAAGACUUGAUGAAAUAUUUCAGACAGGAUUGGUAGCUUAUGUCGAUCUUGAUGAAAGAGCCAUUGAUGCUCUCAGGGAAUUUAAUGAAGAAGGAGCUCUGUCUGUACUACAGCAGUUCAAGGAAAGUGACUUAUCACAUGUUCAGAACAAAAGUGCAUUUUUAUGUGGAGUUAUGAAGACCUACAGGCAAAGGGAGAAACAGGGGAGCAAGGUGCAAGAGUCUACGAAGGGACCCGAUGAAGCAAAGAUCAAGGCCUUGCUUGAGAGGACUGGUUAUACCCUGGAUGUAACCACAGGACAGAGGAAGUAUGGUGGUCCUCCACCAGACAGUGUGUACUCUGGCAUGCAACCUGGAAUUGGAACAGAAGUCUUUGUAGGUAAAAUACCAAGAGAUUUAUAUGAGGAUGAGUUGGUGCCCCUUUUUGAAAAGGCUGGUCCCAUUUGGGAUCUACGUCUUAUGAUGGAUCCACUGUCUGGUCAGAACAGAGGGUAUGCAUUUAUCACCUUCUGUGGAAAGGAAGCUGCACAGGAAGCUGUUAAACUGUGUGACAGCUAUGAAAUUCGCCCUGGUAAACACCUUGGAGUGUGCAUUUCUGUGGCAAACAACAGGCUUUUUGUUGGAUCAAUUCCGAAGAAUAAGACUAAAGAAAACAUUCUCGAAGAAUUCAGUAAAGUCACAGAGGGUUUGGUGGACGUUAUUCUCUAUCAUCAACCCGAUGACAAAAAGAAGAAUCGGGGGUUCUGCUUCCUUGAGUAUGAGGAUCACAAGUCAGCAGCACAAGCCAGACGCCGGCUGAUGAGUGGAAAAGUAAAAGUAUGGGGAAAUGUAGUUACAGUUGAAUGGGCUGACCCUGUGGAAGAACCAGAUCCAGAAGUCAUGGCUAAGGUGAAAGUUUUAUUUGUGAGAAACUUGGCUACUACAGUGACAGAAGAAAUAUUGGAAAAGUCGUUUUCUGAAUUUGGAAAACUUGAAAGAGUGAAGAAGUUGAAAGAUUAUGCAUUUGUUCAUUUCGAAGACAGAGGAGCAGCUGUUAAGGCCAUGGAUGAAAUGAAUGGCAAAGAAAUAGAAGGGGAAGAAAUUGAAAUAGUCUUAGCCAAGCCACCAGACAAGAAAAGGAAAGAGCGCCAAGCUGCUAGACAGGCCUCCAGAAGCACUGCGUAUGAAGAUUAUUACUAUCACCCUCCUCCUCGUAUGCCACCUCCAAUUAGAGGUCGGGGUCGUGGUGGGGGGAGAGGUGGAUAUGGCUACCCUCCAGAUUACUAUGGCUAUGAAGAUUACUAUGAUGAUUACUAUGGUUAUGAUUAUCACGACUAUCGUGGAGGCUAUGAAGAUCCCUACUACGGCUAUGAUGAUGGCUAUGCAGUAAGAGGAAGAGGAGGAGGAAGGGGAGGGCGAGGUGCUCCACCACCACCAAGGGGGCGGGGAGCACCACCUCCAAGAGGUAGAGCUGGCUAUUCACAAAGGGGGGCACCUUUGGGACCACCAAGAGGCUCUAGGGGUGGCAGAGGGGGUCCUGCACAACAGCAGAGAGGCCGUGGUUCCCGUGGAUCUCGGGGCAACCGUGGGGGCAAUGUAGGAGGCAAGAGAAAGGCAGAUGGGUACAACCAACCUGAUUCCAAGCGCCGUCAGACCAACAACCAACAGAACUGGGGUUCCCAGCCCAUCGCUCAACAGCCGCUUCAGCAAGGUGGUGACUAUUCUGGUAACUAUGGUUACAAUAAUGACAACCAGGAAUUUUAUCAGGAUACUUAUGGGCAACAGUGGAAAUAGACAAGUGAGGGCUUGAAAAUGAUACUGGCAAGAUACGAUUGGCUCUAGAUCUACAUCCUUCAAAAACAAAAUUGGCUUAUCUGUUUCAUCUUUAAGUAGCAAUUUGCUGCCAUUUGUAUUGGGCUGAAGAAAUCACUAUUGUGUAUAUACUCAAGUCUUUUUAUUUUUUCCUCUUUUCAUAAAUGCUCUUGGACAUUAUUGGGCUCGCAGAGUUCCCUUAUUCUGGGAGUUACAAUGCUUUUAUCCUUUCAGGCUUCAUUUUAGCUUCAAAACAAGCUGAGCACACUGUUAAAUCAUGAUUUUGCAGAACCUUUGGUUUUGGACAGCUUCAUUUUUUGGAUUUGGGAUAGAUUACCUAGCAGUAUGGAGUAUGCUGUAAAUAAAAAUACAAGCUAGUGCUUUGUCUUAGUAGUUUUAAGAAAUUAAAGCAAACAAAUUUAAGUUUUCUUGUAUUGAAAAUAACCUAUGAUUGUAUGUUUUGCAUUCCUAGAAGUAGGUCAACUGUGUUUUUAAAUUGUUAUAACUUCACACCUUUUUGAAAUCUGCCCUACAAAAUUUGUUUGGCUUAAACGUCAAAGCCGUGACAAUUUGUUCUUUGAUGUGAUUGUAU